AUGGCAUUGUCCAAAGAUUACAACACGAGCCUUGAAACUUUUCGUAUUUUCUGGCUCGAUAAAAAUGUACACCGUGAGGAGAACAAACAUUCACAAAUAAUAUUACGGGCAAUCAUCAAUAAUUUGCAAGUAUUUGAUGAUGAAAGCGAAUGUGAGAAAGUGAUUCGAGAUGUUUCUGUAGCUGAUCGAAUUGUACUCAUUGUCAGCGGUAGCUUGGGCUGUGAAAUUGUACCAAAAGUGCAUGAUCUGGAACAAUUAUCAUCGGUUUAUGUUUUCUGUUGGGAUAAAGCUACAAAUGAAAUAUGGGCACAACAUUUUCCGAAGGUAAAGGAAUUAUACGUUAAACUCGAUGACCUAAUUAAUAGAAUUCAAGAAGACCAUAAACUAAGAAGAAUGGAAGAAGAAUCAUUAUCAAUGAUGACCGUUUUCAGUAUGACUGGUCAACUAGAUCAAUCGUCAUCGGGAAUCAAUGGUCAAUUUGUACAUUUUCAGUUACUGAUUGAUGUUUUAAUUCGCAUGAAACCGAAUGUACAUGAUAAAAAGGAACUGAUCGCCUUAUGUAAACAAGAAUACAACAAUAAUCAAACGGAAAUGAAAAAUCUCAGAGAUUUCGAACAAAAUUAUUUGCCUUGUGAGGCCAUACGGUGGUACACACGCGAAUCGUUUAUUUACAAAACACUGAACAAAGCAUUGCGUGUACAAAAUAUAGAUUUACUUUUCCUAUUUCGGUUUUUUAUUCGUGAUAUUUAUCGACAAUUAUGUGAAAGUCAGGAGCCAUCACAAUUUGAAGUGGUUUUUCGUGGUCAAUGGAUGUCAAAUGGUGAAAUAGAUAAACUUAAACAGUCUAUUGGAAACUUUAUUUCUAUGAAUUCUUUUCUCUCUACAAGUAAAAAAGAAUUUGUAGCACGUCGAUUUCUCGAAGAUGAUCGUGACCAAAAUGACACUUCAAAGCAAAAGGUCUUGUUCAAGAUCACUGCUGAUCCUCAAGUCGGUGCUAACAAACCGUUUGCCGAUAUAAGCCAUUUAAGCUACUUACAACUUGAAUCUGAAGUUCUCUUUAUGAUUGGUUCAAUUUUUCGAUUGGAUCGUAUUCAAGAAGGUGAUAGCAGUAAUGAUCAAUUGAACAUAUUUGAAAUGUCACUUUGCGGAGACAAAUAUGGACUGAAGAAGCUUUUCGAAUUCAUGAGAAAAGAAUACGAUAUCGAAGAAACAAAUCUUCUCUCGUUCGGAAAUGUGUUAAGAUCGAUGGGGAAAAUUAAUCAUGCUGAAAAAUACUAUCGGCGUUUACUUAAUGAACUUCAUGAAGAUGAUCCAUUACUUGCUCAUGUUUACUAUAAUAUUGGUUUGGUGGCGAAAUUAAAAUGCGAUUAUGACAACAGUAUGGAAUAUUAUCAAAAAGUACUCAAAAUCUCGACGGAAAAUGGUCCAGUGGAUAAUGUGAUUCUUGCUAAGACGCACAAUGGAAUCGGUGAAAUUCUUUGGAAAAAUGGCGAAAAAAAUCAAGCACUAGAAUCAUUUAAGGAAGCUGUGAAAAUUUUCGAACAGGCAAAAUUAGGCGAUCAUGCUGGCAUGGCUUUAUUUCAAGAUAAUAUCGGUCUGUUCUAUCGAGAACAGAGUAAUUAUCAUGAAGCGUUGUUUUUCUAUGCUAGAUCACUGAUGAUUCGACAAAAAUGCUUACCAACAAAUCAUCCUGAUUUAGCUAUAUCUUAUAAUAAUGUUGGUAACAUUCGUUUACAGCUGAACCAGUCGUCUAUAGCACUUGAAUGUUUAAAAAAAGCGCUUCAAAUUAGAACCAAAGCAUUUCCACCAGAUCAUCCGGACAUCGCAAGUUCUCAUAAAAACUUGGGCGAUCUAUAUGAAAGUACAAAUGAAUUUAAGCUAGCAUUGAAAUGUUUUCAUAAUGCAGCUGAAAUCUACCAUGAAAUAUGGCUUCCGAAUCAUCCGGAUGUUAUUGAAAUCAACGCAGAUAUUCAGCGAGUUUCAGAUAAACUUGAAAAAGCGUAG